AUGACCCAGUGGAAAUUGGCCAUGGCGUCGGCCGGCGGGCCCCACGAGAUGCCGUACUCCCAACGCGGGGCGCUGGUGAUCUCUCCCGACGCCCGCUACCUGGCAGUGGUGAUGGAACGACUGCUCCGCAUCUACUUCCUCCAGACCCGCCAGUGUAUCAAGACGAUCGACUUCGACUGCCGCCAAGUAUGCGACGCCCUCAUGGACCUGCAACACGUCUACUUGUUCUUAGACCACGGGAAAGUGGCUGUGAUCGACUGGAAAGACAGAGUUCGCCAAGUUGUCCGGCGGUUUGAACUUAAACCGCCGCUGCCCAUCCUCAACAUCAUCGGUGCCGUCCCCGACGCUGAAGACAUCUACUACGCAGUAUGUGGUAGCAACAAGAACGCUACCACCCGUACGGUGGUGAAGCUCGCUCCAGAAGCUAAGGCUGAGACCGUUUGGACGGAAGAAGGGGUGCUUCUCCACGCGGUGCUGACUGACCGCACCAAGGUCGCUUUCCUCACUAAUAACCACGAGGUAGUGAUCUACCAUAUGGAUGCGCCCCAGGCAACUCCUGAACACCUCAAAUUCCCUUAUAAGCUGCCGAUCACGCUGAUGGCGAUCUCGAACGACCAAGUGGUGGCGCUUGGGUCGGAGCUGGGGCCGAUCCAGGUGGUGUACGGUGGUCUCGAGACUCCCGUGCCGCAAAAAUUGCUCAAAUGGCACGUCGAAGCGGUAUCAGCAGUUGCUUUUACUCCCGAUGGUCGCUACUUGCUUUCAGGUGGUAAAGAAAAAGUGUUGGUGUUCUGGCACUUGGAUCUGGACAAGACUCAGUUCUUGCCUCGUCUCAAUGGUGCUAUUGACGCCAUUGGCAUUGACGACCCUAAUAACGUCGUCUACCAACUUUUACUUGACCACGGCCCUCACCACGCUGAAGUGGUGGUGAUUCUGGCGGUGGACUUGGUGCUGAGACUCGCGGUGACGCUGAUUCGGCCCCAGUUCCACUCUGACCCCAGCAAUGUGGCUAAAGCCCGCAAAAAGCUUGCUAAGCGCGGCGAAUACCGCCCCACUAAGCUUUUACACGACUACUCGACCCAAACGGAAAUCAACCCCAAGCUGGGUCACGUUUUCGUCCCUACGGGUCUGUCAUUCCAGACAUUUGACCUCGUCCGCCAGGAACAAGUGGCGGUGCAAAACGCUACUCUGGUGAUCUCUACGGGUAAGGUGAGACUGGAACAGGACUUGGUGGAACCAGAAAUCACUCAGCUCAAAUUUACUGUUGAUGGCGAGUGGAUGUGCACUUUCGACCAAGUGGAGACUCUGGACGUCGACCAGUUGUUGCUGAAGCACGACAAGCAGUACGCACUCAAAUUCUGGAAGUUUGUCGACACCUCGCUGAGCAAAGACCCCAGCUUGGGCCACUGGGAACUCACGACCAAGAUCAUGGCUCCCCAUGGUGCCAACCCCGUGGUGGCGAUUGUCGCUGCUCCUAAAGCCUACCAAAACGGCCAAGCGUUCUUAACUGCCGACAACAAAGGUGGUUUGCGGGUGUGGCGUCCUCGUAGUCCCGUCGACGUCACCCUGAACGCGUUAAGAGGCCAGCAGACGGCGUGGACGAUGCGCAAAACGCACCCGCUGGGCGCGGUGGCACUGGCGGUGUCGUGUGCGUGGCUGGACGACGGGCUGGUGAUUGUACGCCUGGUGGAGCUGACGGUGGCCACGUUCAACGCCCACACCUUCCAGGAGAUCCCUCCCUCAGAGUUCUGCGUGCCUCUGCUCACAGGGCUGCCGAUCCGCGCCGUCCAGUUUGUCGGCACCCACUUGGUGGUGUUGCUGAAGACGAGAGUCCUGCUGUUCAACAUGGUUACUGGUGCCGUUGACUCCUACGGUGCUGCUGUCGACACUACUGCCGGCGCGGCGCUGAUCAUGGCGGUGGAUCCCGAGCGCCAAGUCGUGUGCUUAGCGGUGAACUACUACAAUGAAUCGCCGUUUGAAGUGAGACUGAAGCUUGUGGUGAUUGACCCUUCCCAAACCCAGCCGGUGGCGACCCACCAGCUCUAUAGCGGCGUUGCUGCCGUCAGAUACGACCCCACCACGCACCAGUUCGUGUUUGUCGACUUUGAACUGCGUCUCGGUACGCUUACAGUGGAAGACAGCGACAAUGGUGUGCGGGUAUCGAUGGCUGACGCCAUGAAGCAGAAGUUGCUCGACGCCCAAAUUACUGCCGACAUCAUGAGCCAGAGGCGUGCUGCCGAUAGCCGCAUUGGCACCAGCACGGUGGAGGCGAUUGAGGUUGGUGGCGAGGCGGCGGCACCGAAGCCAGUCGACCUCAACUUGAUCCAGCCGCUCUUCCACCUGGCGGUGGAGUUGGAGACGUUGUUUGACCGCAUCGUCAAGGUGAUUAGAUAG